AGGGGUUACUACACAGCAGAGGAACUGUAACUCUAGCAGCUGUUUAACAGAGCAAUGCCUUCACUCAGAGAAGUUUGCGAAGUUGGCUUGGAUUUCAUCGAGUUCUUGGGGGAGAGAAAAUCAAAAACGGACAAAAAAGAACUUCGAGACAUUUACAACCUCGAGUUUAAAAGGGAAGGAGGACCUGCUUUUUCUAGGUUGGUCUCCGCCUUGGUGUGUUUCAACAAAGCCAGUAUAAGACGAGGUGAAGUUGUCCUGCAUGGCAAAUCUCAGAUACGUCUGUACUACUGUGACCAGUGGAGAUCCAGGACACACUCAAAUCCGACUGUAGGCUCGAGACCUGAUCAUGAAGACAGCACAGCUCCAGACUCUAGACAAGGUGCCCCGUACUCAUCACCCCGUGUCAACCCUGUCCUCAUGCCAAAAAAACGACUGGCUCAGGAAACCCUUAAAAAACUCAGGGCAAACAGACCACAGCUUAUCUCUGACAAGGGAGGCAUCGAGGUCACAUCAUCUCCUGUAGGCAGAAAUGGAAAGGUCGUGCUCAAUAUUGAGCUUCUAGACACAGUGUAUGUGGUGAAGUUCCAAAUCGUAAAUAAAGGACAAAAGUGCAUUCACUUCACCUUCUACACAGCGCUGCACAGGAUACGUUGCUUCACUUUAGUUGAUGAGAGGAGAGUGAGCAGGGUUUCCCCUCUGCUCCUUUGUCCAGGUGAGAGCUAUGCAGUUGAGGUGAAGUACCAAGCUCGCAACUAUGGCUAUUUCCCAGCCACGAUGUACUUUGAGUUCUGCCCCGAGUCCGAGUCUUCAGAACCCCCCAAACCAUUCUGCAUUGUGAGGGAAAUUGAGGCAGUGGUGCACACUCAGUUGAGCACUGAUCUGGGCCCAACAAGUCCAUAUAGAGCCAGACAGAAAGGGCAGAAUCGCCCCAAGGACCGAGUGGUGGAGGAGGGUGUGCCUCCUGAGAGCAUGACGCAUGCUUUAAAACAGCCUGUGAAGCUCAAAGACUAUAAGUACUCCGCUUACCUGAAGAACUUGGUCCACCACUGGAAUAGUGAUGGUGAGAAACUUUCUCCUACAGCCAGGCAGCAGCUUCACAGAGCGAGAGGUUUGUUGGAGUCGCCCAUGUCUGUAAAGCAGUAUGCUGAACGUUUCCAACUUAUCCUACACCUAGAGGAGAUUCAAAUGGAAGAGGAUAUAAAGAAGUAUGAUCUGUAUGGCCAGACCAUGAAACAGGACAAAAUGAACAAAAACCUACUUGUACUGCGGGUACCUGGCGUGGCAGAGAACAGGCCAUCUGUGCUAAGAGGAGAUAACUUGAAUGUGUAUUUGUCUGAAGAUAAGGCCCAGCCUAUCACUGUGUAUAAAGGCUAUGUUCAUCGUGUAGAGCUGGAGAGUGUUAAGCUGGGGUUUUCUAAGAAGCUUAUAAAGAAAUUCAUUCCCAAAAUGAAGUUUAAUGUGGAGUUCAGCUUCAAUCGCUUCCCACUUAAGCUCCAGCAUCGAGCUGUACAGCUGGUGGCUGAACACAGGCUGGGAGACGUGUUGUUUCCCAUUCACAAUGGAGUCAAGCAGGCGGCCCUGCCAAAGCUAAGGAUAUACAACCGAGAUCUGGAGACCAACCCUGAGCAGAAGGCAGCAGUGCAACACAUUUUGUCUGGCCAAUAUAAACCUGCCCCCUACCUGAUCUUUGGUCCACCCGGCACAGGAAAAACUGUCACGCUGGUCGAGGCCAUAAAACAGGUGAAUAAAUCUGGUCCUGGUGUCCAUGUUCUGGCCUGUGCACCUUCGAAUAGUGCUUGUGAUCUGCUGUGUGAGAGGUUGCUGGGAUUCGUGGAUGCCCAUCGACUGUUUCGUCUCUAUGCCUGCAGUAGAGACCCCCGUACUGUGCCACUGAAACUACUGAAAUACAGUAAUUGGCUAGAAAUGCAGGACAGUUUCAUCUUGCCCUCAAAGGAAACUCUGAUGAACUACACCAUCAUCGUGGUCACGCUCAUCACUGCUGGAAGGCUUGUAUCUGGAGGCAUCCCAGUGGGUCACUUUACGCACAUCUUCAUAGAUGAGGCUGGGCAAGUUGUGGAACCUGAAUGUGUUGUCGGAAUUGCUGGUCUUCUCCAUCCCGAGAAGGGCCAGCUGGUUUUGGCUGGAGACCCUAAGCAGCUUGGCGCUGUCCUUAGAUCUCCACUGGCACAACAACACGGACUGGGGCUUUCACUGUUGGAGAGACUGAUGACCCAAAUCUCCCUCUAUCAGAAGAACCAAGAUGGCCGCCAGGGUUAUGACAGUUGUUUUGUCACAAAGCUACUACGUAACUAUAGGUCUCAUCCUGCUAUUCUGAAAAUCCCUAAUGAACUUUUCUAUGACAAUGAGCUGCAAGUAUUUGCAAAUCAAAUGGAGCGAGAGGCCUUCUGCAAGUGGGAGCACCUUCCGAAACAGGGCUUCCCAGUGAUAUUCCAUGGGGUGAUGGGAAAAGAUGAGAGAGAAGCAAACAGCCCAUCCUUUUUCAAUGUGAGCGAAAUAGAGGUCCUCAUCGGCUACCUCAAAAAACUCCUGCAAAGUCAUGGAAAGAAGGGUCUGCCCAAACUCAGUGCCAGUGACAUUGGCAUCAUUGCUCCCUACAGGAAGCAAGUGGAUAAAAUGCAGAAAGCUCUCAAAGCAGUCAGAGAACUACAUCAGUGGAAAGACAUUAAGGUGGGCUCAGUGGAGGAGUUCCAGGGGCAGGAGAAAAUGGUGAUCAUGGUGUCUGCAGUCAGAAGCAGCAACAGCUAUGUUAAGAUGGACCAAGAUUUUAACAUUGGUUUCCUCACAAAUGAGAAGAGGUUUAAUGUAGCCAUGACCAGAGCCAAAGCUCUGCUUAUUGUGGUAGGAAACCCUGUCAUCCUGAGCAAGAAUCCCACCUGGCAGAGGUUUUUUCAGUACUGUGAACAAGAGCAGGGCUACACUGGCUUUGACUACAAGGAUUUUGAGGGGGAGGACGAUGUGGUGACUCGACUGGCAUCUUUAAAAAUCCAUACCUCUGCUGAUGAAAUAGAAGCGAGUGCAGUGCAACAGCAUGUGCAUCCAGAGUGGAGGAACGAACAGUAACAAUUCCCACAGAUCAACCGUCGACCAUGUGCGCAGUGAGAAUCUGGGCUGUGACCAUUGCAGCACCUUCCUAAACUGUUGAGAGAGCUGCUAAGAGCAGAGAGACACAUUCAAAAGUUAAUACCAACAGUACUACCUGAAACAUUUCCUCAUGUGCUGAUGUGAUACAUAGUUACAUUGUUUUCAUAUUAGAUUAUAUUUCCUACUUCAAUUAAGGUACCAUAAAUAAAAAAAUCAUCACAGAUCACAUUCGAUAAAUUUAUCCUUAAAGUAAAUUGAACAAAAUGAUCAAGUGCUUAGUACAAAAUCAUUUUAUGUGUUCAUGAUUUCUUGCUUUCAGAGUGAAUCAUUGACUAUGUUUACAUGGACAGCAGUAAUCUAAUUAUUGACCGUACUCUGAGUAAGAUAAUAAUGAUUAUAAUAGUGAUUAAGGUGUUUACAUGAGUCGCUUUUAGAAUACUCCUGUCAUGUUCCCGUUUUACAUGUUUUAGAACAUAAUUAGAUUAACGGCACACGUCAUUACGUCACCGCGCCACGCCGUCCGACUCCCUCCAGAAUUUCACGUAUCAACAUACAGUUUUGGGUGUUUUUAUUUUUUUUUUUUAUGAACGCUUUAAGUGCAGUUAAUUAUUUGUCGUGCUAUACGUGCUAAUAGACAACUGCUUGAAGCCGUGGGCUGCGUCCCAAACCGCGUACUUACCGUCUAUAUAGUAGCCAAGAUACAUGUAUUUUUCCCCACUACAGGCCUAUAGUAGGCAAAUAUGCAGUUUGGGACGCAGCCGAACUCUCUUGUUCGCCGUGAAAUGUUGAGCACUGCCGUGUGCUCUCACAUGUUCAUAAUGUGAUUAAGGGGUUUACAUGUCUGUAAUACUCAUCGAUAAUGCGACUAAAACAGGAAUACUCCACCUGUCUUAAUCCGAUUAGUGUUUACUUCGAGUAUGACCUUAAUCAGAUUAAGGUCAUUAACAAUUGCUGUUUACAUGCUAGUUUCUUAAUCACAGUAUCGUCUUAAUGGGGUUAAGAGUGGAUUAUUGUUGUCCAUGUAAACACACUGAUUGACCUUUUGGUAUAUCUUUAUAAGGCUACCUGUAGUCCUUUUUGAUCAAUGCUUUUUUGAAAGAGGUUGGUUUGUUUGUCUAGUUUAAAAAAUGAGGUUAGUUUGUCUAGUUGAACAUUUAUGUGAACUGCCGUUUUAAAGCCUUAAUCAGUUCUCAGUCCAUUAACAGAAACUGCUUGCAUUUUUUGAGGGAAAAACAACAAUAAUGCAAUUUAUUUAAAUUUCACCUUUCCAUGCUCUACAAAGACCAUACAUGUUCACACAUCAUAUUCUUACUGGAGUUGGGCAAUAAAUGCAAUAAAAAACUUUUCUAUAAAAAUGUCUACAUUCGAUGUUACUUUCACACUGCCGUCUAGGAUCCUGAAAAGGCAACAUACUAUACAGAAUGGGCUUGUUCCAAAACCAAAUUUAUUUACUUAGAAUUUAUUCAAUAUUCCAGACUUUCAGAUGAAAAGUAAGAUAUUUUAGUAACCUGGAACUGCAAGUUAUAACAAAUGAUCAAAGAAACAAACACACAAAUUAAGUGUAGAUAUUGUGCUCCUUUAUUUUGUGUGCUAUAAUUGAUGGUAUGGUGCCGUUUGACUACUGAGUGAUAUGUUCUGUCUUACAUCUCUGGCAAGUUCUAAAUUCAGAACAUCACACAUUAUAUCUGUGUACUUGGUUUGUAUAGUUUGCAUUCUUUAUCCAACUAGAUUUAGAUGCUACAAAUGAAGAGCAACAAAGUUGUUACUUUGAAUAUUUACUAUACAGUACAUAGAGGUUACUGAAGUCAGAGUGUAGAAAAACAAACAGCAGUGAGUUCAAUCUUUAGCAUUAAGACCGUGCUGUGUGAGGUUGACUUUUAAUCACUUAUCAUCUGAAAGGGGCAGUAAUGUAAACUAUUGAUACAGAAUCUUACUAAAAGCUGUAUCUGCACAUCAUCCUUGCAAGCAAAAUAAUAAAAAAAAAUAA